UGGAAAAAUGUAAGGUUGUGUUAAGGCAAAACUAAAAUCCAGUAUGCAGUCUGGGGGCCCAAUUAGCCCUCAGGGUCAUGGGGUAGUACACGCUGUAAGACAGGGUAUUUGUCUUAGUUACAUCUUAUGUUAGGCUACAUUUACGUUACUUGGGGAGUUGGAUUGGAAGUUGCAUAUUUUUGAUUGGUCAAUUUGUUGGGCAUUUGAUUGGUUGUUUUAGUGAACCAAUAAUAAUAGGGGGACCGUUGGUUUGGGGUCUAUAAAAAGGGGCAGCAUCAAGUUCCCUUAGCAGUUUUCAUCUGACCUGUAUGCAGCGAUGUCAGGAAUCCAGAAAGUCAGCGCUGAUUCGGCUCCGGGUUCGUCCAUGGAUGUGAGUGAUAGAUCGUCGCGUUUGAAUGAGAUUCUUCGUUGGGCACAGUUUGAAGCAGGCGAAGAGGACCUCCUUUUGUUGAACAGGGCUUGCCUGCGCUCCGCUGCAGUGACCCCGACUGGGUCUGAGUCUCCGCCUUCAGAGGAAGCAACGUCACCGGCUCCUCCUAGCUCCCAUUCAAGAGCCCCGGCUGGUCACGCCUCCUUAAAGCGGUCCAGUACCCGCUCAGCGAAGCCGGCCGCCAAGAGGUCCCAUACAGCUCCUCCGGGACGCCUAGCCAGGAAGAAGCCUCCACGGACCUGCUCUGCUCCUCCGCUUCCCACCCUAGAUGCCGCUGCCUGUCUACUUUCUCCACCCAGCACCGCGUCUAGUCUGAUGCCUCCGCCCAUUCCGCUUCGUCCUCCGGCUCCUCCGCCUCGCAGGAAGUCUGCGACGAGUGGCGGCACCAACCGCCAACCUCCUCUCACGCCGGCCGGCGUUUGCUCCGCAGCCCGACCAGCCGGCUUCUUGACAGCCCUGCCUUCCGCUUCCGGCUUGGUAGCUCCGCCUCCUCCGCCUCCGCUGACAGCGACUUCAUCUCCUCCUGCGGCUUCGUCCAGCACCACUCCAGCAUGGCCUUCGAUGACCCCGCCACCUUCCCUGGGCCCUUCUGCGGUUGCUAUGGGUGGAGCUGCCUCAUCCUCCGCCCUUUCCAGCAGCUCUAUUAGCAGCACGGUUCUUGACCCUGAGAUAAGGGGCUCUUUUAGAGCCGUCGCAACUUCAACUGCUCCUGUUACUGCUCCUCAGCCUGGCCUGGCUUUACAGUUUCCUCCUCAGAAUGAUCUUGCUUCCGUGGCUGUACAGGAGAACUUUUCAUCACAGGAUAUAGGACAACCGCUCAUGGUAUGGAUUAUUGGUCAUUCCUUUGUCUUUCAUGCGAAGAAACGGGCCGAAGAACGUCCUUAUGGUGUCAAUUUAGGUCUCGAGAAUGUGAAUAUAGUUUGGAUGGGAGUAAGAGGCCUCAAAUGGGAUGAUAUGUUGCCAAUUGCCCUGCAAAUGUCUACAAGAUGGGGUAUUCCUGCCAUAAUUACUGUCCAUUUAGGUGGUAAUGAUAUUGGGUCAUUCAGGUCUAUUGACCUCAUUAGGAAUAUAAAAAGGGAUUUAGCUCAAUUACGUUUCCUUUUCCCUGACAGUUGUAUUGUCUGGUCCGAGGUAAUUCCUAGAUUAAUUUGGCUGCAGGAUGUUCGUCCAUUAGAACGUUGCAGGAAAAAAGUUAAUUUUUGUAUUUCUAAAUUUGCUAAGAGUGUGAACAUUUUAGUUCAUCGUCAUUUUGAGUUGGAGUUAGGUGGAGAAGGCCUGUAUUGGCAUGAUAGAGUGCAUCUUUCAGAUAUUGGAUAUGACAUAUUCAAUAUGGGUAUUCAAGAUGCUUUAGAAAAGGCAAUCAAAGUGUGGGGUUGGCCAAGACCAAACUAAGGUAUUAGUUGGUCUUGUCAUGGAGAGGUGCCCUAGGCUAUUUUAGCAGGGCUUAAGGUAUAAGCAAAUUGAGGCGGCCUGCUGGUGUUUGAGCUGAGGCUGGCUGGGGUUGCUAACUUAUGUAUUCGUUUAAAAGGUUGUUAUUGUUAAACUAAUAUGAAAUAAAAUUUAUCAGCUGCGGCCUUUCUCCACCUAUGUAUUCUUUGUGUCUUUAUUUUUAGUGGUUGUAAAUUUAAGUAAUGCGUGUUACUCAUCCCAUGCAGUCUGGGGGCCCAAUUAGCCCUCAGGGUCAUGGGGUAGUACACGCUGUAAGACAGGGUAUUUGUCUUAGUUACAUCUUAUGUUAGGCUACAUUUACGUUACUUGGGGAGUUGGAUUGGAAGUUGCAUAUUUUUGAUUGGUCAAUUUGUUGGGCAUUUGAUUGGUUGUUUUAGUGAACCAAUAAUAAUAGGGGGACCGUUGGUUUGGGGUCUAUAAAAAGGGGCAGCAUCAAGUUCCCUUAGCAGUUUUCAUCUGACCUGUAUGCAGCGAUGUAUCCCACCC